AUGGAGAUAAACUUGAUCAUAACAAGAGCGAGCUCGUGCCAGGUGAGUGAAGGUGUGCACAGCUCUGGCAGCAUUUUGAGCUGUCCCUGUCUCGCCGUCUCUCAGCGGCCGCUACAGUCUGCCACUUGUAGCGCAGCAGAGCUCAGUCCAUUUCACCCCUCCUGUCUACCCCCCUUUCCUUUUUUGCCCUGGUUGUCGUCCAACCCAACCCUUCUAUUCCAGCUCUGGCAGCACUUUGAGCUCACUAAUCACUCGGUCCUCGUUUCGCCGUCCCUCAGCGGCCGCUACAGCCCGCUGAUUGCAGCAGGCCUCACCCUGUGUUUUCCACCCUCUGCUAAACCUUGCUUUCUAUUCCAGCUAUGGCAGCAUUUUGAGCUCACCAAUCGAACACUGUGGCAGCACUUUGAGCUCACCAACCGCUCCGUUCUCGUAUCGCCAUCUCUCAGCGGCCGCUACAGCCUGCCGUUUGUAGCGCAGCAGAGCCAGCUGAAGCCCGGGCGGCAGGCCACGGGCGGGCGGCAGCUGGGCGGCUACGUGCCGGUGGCGCCUGUGAUGGUGGAUUCGUACAGCGACAAGAUAGCCGGCAGCCAGGUGCCAGCACUGGUGGUGAAUGGGGAGAGGGAUCACCCCGACAGGGCUCAGCACCUUGCAAGCCUCUUUGUCAACCACAAACUGGUGAUCUUCAAAGGAGCAGGCCACGCAUGCUACAUGGAGCAACCUGAUUACUUUAAUAGCCUUGAAGCCACGGCGGUGCUGGCGGAGGCGUUCGGCGGGGCGACGCAGCCGCGGGACGUGGACGCGAAGCGCAUGUGGGACUUCAUCUUCGUCCCCACGUACCCGUGCCCGCGCGAACGACGCAUCGGCCGCGCUGGCGACGGCGGGAAGUGGACUUGCAUCCUGAAGGCGUUCUUUGCCAAGCCCAAGAUCACGGUCUUCAGCAUUGGCAGCCAUGGAGACCCCAGCUUCGAGAAUGCCGUGCAGAAAGUCAUUCACGCCAAGCCCUACACCUUCGACCCAUUCCUGAACGCGACCACGCUCGCCGAGAUGCAAUCCCAGCCGUUCAUGCGCUUCCGCAAUGCUGGCCUUGUGGGUUCGCGGACCAAGGCAAACGCGACGCGGCAGUUCCCGGGGGUGAAUUUUGUGACCCUCGAGGAGGGCAUGCAGCAGGCGGGGAGGGAUUAUAUUGAUAUAUUCAAGAUUGACUGCGAGGGUUGCGAGUACCCUGUGCUGGAUGAUCUUAUGGAGCGGUAUACUGCCAGGCGGAACCCUCCCAUUGGCCAGCUGCUCAUCGAGUUCCACGGUGCAACCACAGCACUUGGUGGGGAAUGUUCUUAUGAAUUUAUGAGGCGUCUGAAAAAGUCGUCUCAGUGCAAGCACAUCGUUUGUAGUCCAUAA